AGGCGGGCCUGCGUCCAGCAGUUGCUGAGGCCGGACGCUUUAGGUGGAAGCGGCGGGGGCACGGAUGUUAGUAGGAGAUCCCAUUACCACAUGUCUUUCUCCUUCAGUGUAUGACAUGAUUUGUAAACUUGGGUUUGAAGUAAGAGGAAAUUGUGAUUUCGAUAACAUUGUAACCGAAAAUGGUGAAGUUUGCUGGAAAACAAUCACAGACUGUGUGAGCUGUGCAGGAUCAGACCAGAGUCUGGAUUAUCAGGCAAGCGUGAGGCUGCUGGGCCCUGUGUGUGAGGCCGUCCAUCUCCACUUUUUAUCUUUGACCAAGGGGCAGUUUGAAAUUCAAUAUAUACCAUGGUUCCAGUGGACAAGUUUUCCAGAGUUGUUUCCUGAAAUGUUUGAUGCCGUGGGAAGCCUACAGUCUCCUGCCAUCUCUCUUAGUUUAAUGAAGUUGACCUCAUGUCUAGAGCGAGCCUUAGGUGAUGUGUUCUUACUGAUUGGGAAGGAGUGCCCUUUUCUCUUAAGAGAUCUGCUUGCCUCAGAGGAGCUUGUUCAGGUCUUCGGGCAGUCUGUGAUGAAUGUGCUCAAAGUGUUCAUUGGCUCUCCCUGUGGACUCAACCUGCGGAAUGUCUUAUGGCAUGGAUUUGCAUCGCCACAAGAAAUUCCCCCAAAAUACUGUUCAAUGAUGCUGCUGUUGACAGCAGGAUUGGGUCAGUUACUCAAGAGUUACCUUCAACACACAGAGGCCACACUGGUACAUCGAUCUUUUGUAACUCUAAAAAACUUAGAAGAUUUGAUUGUUUUUCCUGAUGUGACUUCUGAGGUACUUUGGGUACUAGAACGAGUGAUGAUGAAGUCCACCUUUAUAUUAAAAAUCAUGCUACCAUAUUGGAAAUUUGCACUGASCAAGUUCACAUCACACAGGUUUGCUGACUGCACCAUCUUGUUGCUGUCCCAGCUGGAGGCUGGACUUCGGAGGGUCUUCGCUGCAGUUAACCAGUGCCCAGACAGACUCCUGACUGCUGAGUCAACGACUCUUUAUACUACCUUUGAUGAAAUAUUGGCAAAACACAUGAAUGAUGGCAGAAUAAAUCAACUUCCUCUUUUCCUUGGAGAACCUGCUAUGGAAUUUCUCUGGGAUUUCCUGAACCAUCAGGAGGGCCCCCGUCUGCGAGAUCAUUUGAGCCAUGGGGAGAUCGACUUACUUGAGUUUCCAAGAGAAGCAGCAAGUCAGUUACUUGCCUUUUCCACAGUACUUGUGCUCAGAUUUGCUGGUGAAGAGGAACUGUCAGCUUUUAAGGAGGAAGCAGCAAUAAAAGGGCUGUUUAGACUUGCAGAAGGCUACAGUUCUCGUUGCCACCCAGCUUUUCAGCUUAAAAAGCAGGUGCUGAGCUGUGGGAAGAGCAUCGGGUCUUGGCCUCUUCUGCCUUUCCCGGAAGACCUCAGUCAGGAAGCAGCCAGAUUGGAGGGUAAUUCUGAAGCAGAUGCCUGCAACUCUUUAAUGACAGAGAUUCUGCAUGAGCUCUUUCACCACAUGCCUGAGGAUCACCUUGCUUUCCGUGAGCUGGAUGGGCUUCCCACUGAGAAGUGGCCCCAGCUGCUAGCUGAGCUCUGCAACAUCCACGUCCCCACCCUCUUCUGCCCCAGAGGCGUUCUCGAAGUGCUGGUUGUGCUCCGCAGCAUUAGCACCCAGUGCCAGCGUGUGUCUAGCCAGGUCAGGACCUCCCUGCAGCUGAGGCAUAGGCAGUGGGUGGAGAGGAGGCUGCGCUCAAGACAGCGGCAGAACUACGUGCGUAUGCUGAACAGCAUCAGGCUUCUGUCUCCCGUGCUUUAUUUGAUUUUAUUGCUCAUUGCAUUGGAAUUGGUCAGCAUUCACGUCAUCCAAAGAAAAGGCACUGAAGAGCACCAGCAGUAUCUGAAGUUCUUAAAGUCGAUUUUGCAGUACACUGAGAACCUAGUGACCUAUACCAGCCAAGAGAAGAACAAGUGGAAUGAAACUAUUGGUCUUACACAUACAGCUUUGUUGAAAAUUUGGACUUUCAAUAAGAGGAAACAAAUGUUAAUGCACUCAGCCUAGAAAUCCACAAAUGAAGUUGUCUUAUGAAGUCAGAGUGCUUUUGGUAACAGAAAACACAGUUGAAAUAGAUUUUAACAUCCUUUAAAAGGGGCAUCCGGUGGUGGGGUGGAUUUCAUGGCAGCUUGAUCAGGGAUCAAAUUGUGUUUCUUCAGAUCCUCUGGCCUUCUCUGCCUGAGCUGUUCAUAUGCCACUCGGGCUGACCUCCCUGUAACCAAAUGUCUGGAGCAUGUCCUCAUGCAUGCAUUGGAGGAAAGGGCAUCUGCUUUUCACCAAGCCAUUACCCAGAAGCAUGUGGCUACACUCUGCGUGGCCUGCACCUGCUCUUAACAGCUUACAGCUGGUUGGUUGGAGAGGUCAGGUGAGGGCUGACAGCUCAUGGGCAAGCACUGAGGAAGGGGCUCCUGGAUGGUGGGGUGGGUGGUGAGGCUGGGUGCUGGGCAGCAGGUCUGGUCAGGAUCUGGCAUGAAGCAUAGCCCCUUCCAUGUUCCUAGCUGAGGUCUAAUUAGUACAGGAACUGAAGGGUUGGAGGAGAGAAGAAUUCAGCCGUUGCUCCCAGGCUUCCCUGCAAAGUGGUCCAGGCAUCUGGGAAACUAUUGCCUCUUGUUAGGGGCUUGUGGAUACAUGAUGAGGCAAUUGUCCUUCCUCUUGGAGAAUAUGUCCAAACAUUCCCAGGUCACUGGCAGCUUCUAGGUAGCACCCUCUGCCCUUUGGGGAGGUCUGUGUCCCAUCUCUGGAGUCUCUUUUGCAAGGUGUCCAGGGUGUUCUGUGUUUGCUAUGGGUAUUGCUCUGGGGGACCAUCCCCAUGAUGCCCUUGCAAUGGCGAGACAGGGUCUUGAGUUCUGGCUAUUUCUGAAGAACUGAGAGGUAGCCAAGCCCUAGCUCCGGCCACUGAGCUAUGCUGCUGUCUCCAGACUAGUCCCAGUAGGUUGGCAGCACAGAGAAAAACCUCUGCUGUGUGCUGUAAUUGAGUGGGUGACAGUCCAUGAUCACCCAGAUCCAUCUAUUUUCUGCACAGGUUGAAGAACAGGUCCUGUAACUAAGCUCUGAAAUCCUGCUGGUAGGGCUGUAUUGCUUUUGGAUUUGCAAUUUGGAGGGGAGAGGCCUUUCCACUGUUUCUCUUCUAGACCUGUCUUCGUGGGUCAGAAAGCCAGUGGGGGUUCUCUCAAUCUAGAUCUGAUACUGCCCUGCACUUGGGCUCUGAGGAGGUAGUACUGACUCAGGCCAGCUGAGGCCGGCCUGAGCUGAGCUUGCCACCCGGCCUCAGCAGCAGCUGCUCACGGAUGUCUCUAGAACCUCUUGGAAGCCUGAGAAUCCCUUUCCCUCUUUCAUAGGAAUCUGGCAGGAGAGAUCAUGGCUACUACAGCGGAAGGAAGAGGGCUGCUGCAUGUUCUUUUCUGGGAUCCUGGGAACUGGUGGGAUGUGUGGUGGAGCCUACUGCUGUGGGUGUCUGCAGGGGCCCCACACRUGACAGGUUUUCUUUAGUGCUGGGUCAUGCCUGCAGGCUGUUCCUGCUGCUUCUACUCCACAGCAGCAAAGUACAGUCCAUGGCAGGACCUGUGCUGCUGUGGGUGCCCCACUGUGGCUGGUGUGCCCUUCAUGUCCUUGUGCGUCACCUUGGAUCCAUGACAUACAUACGUGGUUCUGUGUCCUCUGUGUCAGCUCAGGGAUUCGUGAUCCACAUAUAUGGUGCUAUAUUUUCACGUGUCACCUUAGACACAUGAUUCAUAUACGUGGUUCUGUGUCCUCGGUGCUUCAGCUCAGACACACGUGAUUCACAUACAUGGUGCCGUGUCCUCGGUGCAUCAGCUCAGGGAUACGUGAUCCACAUGUAUGGGGCUGUGUUUUCAUGUAUCACCUUAGACAUGUGAUCCACAUACAUAGUGCUGUAUCUUCGGUGCAUCAGCACAGGGAUAUGUGAUCCACAUAUGUGGUUCUAUAUCUUCUGUGUGUCAGCUCAGGGACACGUGGUCCACAUACGUGGUGCUGUGUCCUUGGUGCAUCAGCAGAGGGACACAUGAUCCACGUAUGUGGUUCUGUGUCCUCAGUGUGUCAGUUCAGGGUCAUGUGGUCCACAUACGUGGUGCUGUGUCCUUGGUGCAUCAGCUCAGGGAUACAUGAUCCACGUAUACAGUGCUGUAUUCUCAUGUGUCACUUUAGACAUGUGAUCCACAUACGUGGUUCUGUGUCCUCAGUGUGUCACCUUGGAUGUGUGAUCCAUGUAUGCGGUUCUGUGGCCUCGUGCAUCACCUUAGACACAUUAUGCAGGUAUGUGGUUUUGUGGCCUCGUGUGUCACCUCAGGGACACACGAUGUGCCUAUUGGCUACCUGUUAUGGUGGACACAUCACAGCAAGAGGCAUGUGUUGUCACUCUGCUCCAUGAGUAUGGUGUGAAGCUUGGUUUCCAUUUGAAGAGGAGGUUGAGGCCAGAGUUCUGAACUGAAAGCCAUCUUUUUUCCUUUUGAAGUUAGAAACGAGGAUGUGGUUCAGUACCUGAAUCCACAUGAAUACCUUACUCUUCCUCCAAGUUUUCAGCAACUGCAGCUAAUUCUUGCCUGUGCCUGCUGUGUUACUUUUARAUGACAGAUUUUUGCAUUGGCUGUCAUUUYCCUCUCAGGAAGAGAUACACUUCUGGCACUUUUAUCAUUUUAGACAGAGUGUUUAUAGGCAAGAGUUGAGGCUUUGCCGUCCAUCACACUGAACACACACAGGUGGAGUGGGUAAGGCCCGGUCAGGCCAGGGCAGGGAGGACUGUCGCUCACUCCUCCUGUACUCAUCAGAGAGGAGCAACAAGCGGAGGGUGCAUGCCCAGUUUCCUUUUACCCUAAGGACUGUUGCUGAGAGUGCUGCAGGCACUGAGCCAGGCUGGGUGCAGAGACAAAGAAGGCCCAGCCUGAUUAGCUCGGCUGUCAGUGCCACUGCUCGGGUAGAUGGCGGGCAGUGUCUGGCCAGUGCUACAAAGAGCAGUAGACUCGAGGGUACACACUUGGGGUCUUUACUCAAAUAACUAAAAAAACUACCAGACUCUUUUCCACCCCUACCAAAAACAAGCCAUUGCCCAGAGCCUGUUCUUAGCAUGCAGAUUCUCAGAACAUCUUGGUGUUGCCUCCCCAGGAGGGCCCCUGAGCACACAUAACCUCAGGGCAUUCCUCCUGGGGAGCAGGAAGGGCCGCUGCUGGGAGGCCAGUCUUGCAGAUUGGUGCCAGGUGUCAGAAGGAGGCAUACCCUGAGCCCAAAGGUGCCUGCAUUCACCAUGUCUAGAGAGCCUUUCCUGGGUCCCAUAAAGUGAGUCCUUCCAACAAGCCCUGAGGGAAUCUGCACUGCCACCAAAAAAUGCCAGCCUUUCCAGAGUGAGCUUGCUAGGGAAAUGGAGGCACGGAGGCCGCCAGGAGAGGAGACCUGUCAGGCCUGGCAGAAGGAAAGCAGUGGUAUUUGCCACAGGCGCCCAUGCUGGAUGUGCUGGGGAAGCCCCUGCUGGUCAAGUCGGCAGGUUGAUGGCGAGACACUCGGCUACUGCCACAAGGGUGCCUUGCCUGUGAAGUGUGGCAGUGACAUGGCUGCCUGAUAGUGCUGAUGUGAGGGUACAGUGAGGUGGGCUUGGGAAGCUUUGGCCAGUUGCUGACCCUGAGCUCCUGGCCAUGCCCCUGGGCUGGAGGAGAGCUGACUUGGGCUGGUUCCAUUCGAGUUGGGCUUGCUGGUUACUCUUCUUAAUGCAACAAAAGUACCCUUUGCACUGGUCUCCCUUCCUUGGCCUCUGCACAGCUCUGUAAGUGAACUGGUGAGAGACUGGCUGCCGGCUCCAGUGCAUCUCAUGUCCCAGCCAAGAAUAACUUUGGUCCAGGCAGGAAGUCCCCUCUGAACUGUGGUCUGAACCACUGGUGUGUGUGAUAGCGCUCUUGUUAGCCCACACCCCUCCAAGCCGGGCAUUUGCAGAAGGCUGUAUCUAGGGUUGCCAGUGGAAAUGCAGCCUAUCAUGUGGCAUUGUCUGUGUGCUGAAUAAACAGGAUGCCAGUGAGGA